CGUCCCAAUAGUAGCAACGCUUUCGCAGGGUUGACAAAGCUGAAGCUCGCAAAGUUUUCACCACUGAAACUUUUGAAGUUUCGCGGUGCGGCAAGGUGGCUUUUACCUGUUCGGUUUCGAUAGCAGCGUCAAAGAUAUCGAAAUGUCUUAUUUUGGAGUCGCCGAUGUCUACUACUACCAAGAAAUCGCAUUCAACCGAUCACGUGACGAAUGUGUUAAAUCGUACGGCCCCAACAUUACCAGCAACACGCCGAUAUACAGCGUGGCGCAUAACAGUUGGAUGUGUCCUCCUUUCUGGGACACCAUCACAUGUUGGCCGCCCCAGUUGCCCAACACGAUAGCUUCGUUGCCGUGCGCGGAAUACGCCGUAGGGUUUAUCAAGACCAACAACGCCACCAGAAAAUGUACAGAAAACGCUACUUGGUUCGUUAAGGCUGCCAACGCGACCUACACUAAUUAUACAGCGUGUUCAAAUACGAGUACGAUCACGGUAUUCAAAACUAUAACCGACAUGCAUCCUGACAAUCUAAUGUCGAAAGAUUCCGCUGACUUGGUUAAAAUUAUUAGCGAAACCGGAUACGCCGUGUCGCUUGUCUCACUGAUAAUCGCGUUUACCAUCAUGCUUCUUUUAAGACGGCUACACUGUCCGAGAAACAUUUUGCACAUGAAUCUGUUCGCUUCUUUCAUUUUGCGGGCCUUCAUGAAUAUCCUCAGGUACCUCAUCUUCUUCGAGGGGGUAGGUUUGCAGAAGGAUAUUAAAUAUUUAAACGGCGAGGCGUACUUCCACACUGACAGUCAAUCCAACAAUUACGAAUGCAAAUUGGUGACGACCCUCAUACAAUACUUCACCCUGGCGAACUACUCCUGGAUCCUCAUGGAGGGUGUAUACUUGAACAAUCUGGUGCUGCGGGCGCUUUUUACCGAUUCCAAUAAGAAUUUGAUAUACUAUUUUAUUUGCGGUUGGGGUCUUCCCUUUCUGGUUGUCAUCCCAUGGGUGACCGCUAAGCUGAUGCUGGAAGAUAAAAUGUGUUGGACCACGCUGGACGACUGGAGAGUUUCCUUCAUCAUCCUCAUCCCGUCGUUCGCAUCGGUUCUGAUAAGCCUGGUGUUGUUCGUGAUAAUUUCGACGGUACUGUACAAGAAGUUAAGGGCGCCGGUCAACGAAGAGUCGCGGCGAUAUUUGAAAUGGGCCAAAUCCACUUUACUGUUGGUCCCGUUGUUUGGGGUCCACUACGCUUUAUUUCUGGUACUCUAUGCGCUGGACAAGAAAGCCAUCUGGCUGGUGUGCGACAGACUAUUUGGAAGCUUUCAGGGCUUUUUCGUGGCAAUACUCUAUUGCUUUAUCAAUGGAGAAGUGAAAGCGGAGCUGAAGCCUUACGUCAGCAGCGUUAUGACGUUCUUAGCUACCAACAAGUUGACCGGGUGUUGCUUUCCUGGACGUGAAAAAUUUUUGAGCUCAGCAGUGGGCAGACAGUCAGUAUGCACGACGAUGUCCUGUAGCUCCCUCUACAACAACGGCGUCAGCCGCAGGAACAGCAAGACCAAAUUCGACGUGUCGAAAGUGAAAUUUUCGAGUUUUAACGCAGAUAAAUCCAGGGAAUCAUUGACUACCAACGGCGCUAAGCAUUCGACUCACAAGCAGAGAUGUAACUGUUACUUUCCUGCCCAGCUGACCACGAACUUGGAUUCGUGUACAUGCGUCGAAACCAGGUCGCAGAAGUAUCGUCCUGCUUGCGAGGAGGAAGUACGCAUGAUCCACGCAGCUUGAGAUCAAAACUGACACCUUCAGAUCCUUUUAGACGUGUAGAUCACCAUUAAUGCAA